GUCGGGCCUGAUCCCAGAGCGCCGGGGGUGGGGUGGAGGUGUUACUGUAAAAUGCAAGUUGGAUAAAAGGAGGACCUCUCGCCAAGGGCCCCAAUGAGUGGCACACAGUCUACUAUCACCGACAGGUUUCCCCUCAAAAAACCUAUAAGGCAUGGAAGUAUUUUGAACCGAGAGUCACCAACAGAUAAGAAGCAGAAAGUUGAGCGCAGUACAUCACAUGAUUUUGAUCCCACAGAUAGCUCCUCCAAGAAGACAAAGUCUAGUUCAGAGGAGAGUAGAUCCGAAAUAUAUGGUCUUGUUCAGCGUUGCGUGAUCAUCCAGAAGGAUGACAAUGGAUUUGGGCUGACGGUCAGUGGAGACAAUCCAGUGUUCGUACAGUCUGUCAAAGAAGAUGGAGCAGCCAUGCGGGCUGGAGUACAGACAGGUGAUCGAAUCAUCAAGGUGAAUGGAACUCUGGUGACUCAUUCAAACCAUUUGGAAGUGGUAAAGCUAAUCAAAUCGGGUUCCUAUGUAGCUCUCACUGUUCAGGGACGCCCACCAGGGUCGCCCCAGAUUCCACUCGCUGAUUCUGAAGUAGAACCAUCAGUCAUUGGACAUAUGUCUCCCAUCAUGACAUCCCCUCAUUCACCUGGCACAUCUGGGAAUAUGGAGAGAAUUACUAGUCCUGUGCUCAUGGGGGAGGAAAACAAUGUGGUUCAUAACCAGAAAGUAGAAAUUCUGAGAAAAAUGUUACAGAAAGAACAGGAACGGCUACAGUUAUUGCAGGAAGAUUACAACCGAACACCUGCCCAAAGAUUGCUAAAAGAGAUCCAAGAGGCCAAGAAACACAUUCCUCAGCUGCAAGAGCAGUUAUCCAAAGCCACAGGCUUUGCUCAGGAUGGAGCUGUAGUUACAUCCUCCAAGCCAUUAGGUGACACACUAACAGUCAGUGAAGUAGAAGGAGAUCCUGGUGAUGGACUAGGCAGAAGUGACUAUUGCAGUGGAGAUGCUUCCCGGCCCAGUAGUGACAGUGCAGAUAGUCCCAAGAGUGGUCUGAAAGAGAGGAUUUAUCUAGAGGAAAACCCAGAGAAAAGUGAAGUAAAUCAGGACACUGACACGCAGUCACUUAUUGGGAGUCCCUCUACCCGUAUAGCACCUCAUAUUAUUGGAGCAGAGGAUGAUGACUUUGGUACUGAACAUGAACAGAUCAAUGGACAAUGCAGCUGUUUCCAGAGCAUUGAACUGCUAAAAUCUCGCCCUGCUCACUUGGCUGUUUUCUUACACCAUGUAGUUUCACAGUUUGACCCUGCAACACUGCUCUGUUAUCUCUAUUCGGACCUGUAUAAACAAACCAAUUCUAAGGAGACUCGUCGUGUCUUCCUUGAGUUUCAUCAGUUCUUCCUGGAUCGAUCUGCACACCUGAAAGUUUCUGUUCCUGAUGAAAUAUCAGUAGAUCUAGAAAAAAGAAGACCUGAGCUUAUCCCUGAGGAUCUGCAUCGCCACUAUAUCCAAACUAUGCAAGAAAGAGUCCACCCAGAAGUGCAGAAGCACUUGGAAGAUUUUCGACAGAAGCGUAGCAUGGGGCUGACCUUGGCUGAAAGCGAACUGACUAAACUUGAUGCAGAGCGAGACAAGGACCGUGUAACUUUGGAGAAGGAACGGGCAUGUGCAGAGCAGAUUGUUGCCAAAAUUGAAGAAGUCUUGAUGACUGCUCAGGCAGUAGAAGAAGAUAGGAGUUCGACAAUGCAAUAUGUUAUUCUUAUGUACAUGAAACAUUUGGGGGUAAAAGUGAAAGAACCUCGAAAUUUGGAGCACAAGAGGGGUCGGAUUGGAUUCCUUCCAAAAAUCAAGCAAAGUAUGAAGAAAGAUAGGGAAGGCGAAGAAAAAGGGAAGCGAAGAGGAUUCCCUAGCAUCUUGGGACCCCCAAGGAGACCAAGCCGUCAUGACAAUAGUGCAAUUGGCAGAGCCAUGGAACUACAGAAGCAGCGCCACCCUAAGCAUUUAGCCACACCCUCUUCUGUGAGUCCUGAACCUCAAGAUUCUGCUAAGUUGCGCCAGAGUGGAUUAACAAGUGAAGGAACAGACGUUGGAUACCUGCCAGCCAAUUCCACGUCCUCUGUGGUUUCAGGGGCCACUCUUUCCCAGGAGGGAGGGAAAGAGAAUGAUAUGGGAUCAAAGCAGGUUGGAGAAACGCCAACAUCUGGAGACUCCUUAGAUGGCACACCUCGUACUCCCAAUACCAUCUUUGAUUUUCCACCUCCUCCAUUAGAUCAGGUGCAGGAGGAGGAAUGGGAAGUAGAAAGGGUGACUGAACAUGGAACUCCAAAGCCCUUUCGAAAGUUUGACAGCAUAGCUUUUGGAGAAAGUCAAAGUGAAGACGAACAGUUUGAAAAUGACUUAGAAACAGAUCCACCCAACUGGCAACAACUUGUUAGUCGAGAAGUGUUGCUGGGACUAAAGCCUUGUGAGAUCAAAAGACAGGAAGUAAUUAAUGAAUUGUUCUACACUGAAAGAGCUCAUGUUCGAACACUGAAGGUUCUAGAUCAAGUGUUCUACCAGCGAGUGUUCAGAGAAGGAAUUUUGUCACCCUCAGAACUACGGAAAAUUUUUUCAAACCUGGAAGAUAUUCUUCAACUUCACAUUGGGUUGAAUGAGCAAAUGAAGUCUGUUAGAAAGAGGAAUGAGACUUCCGUUAUUGAUCAGAUUGGGGAAGAUUUGCUGACCUGGUUCAGUGGACCUGGGGAGGAAAAGUUGAAACAUGCUGCUGCUACCUUUUGUAGUAACCAACCCUUUGCCCUGGAAAUGAUCAAGUCUCGUCAGAAAAAGGAUUCUCGAUUCCAGACUUUUGUGCAGGAUGCUGAGAGUAAUCCACUGUGUCGUCGUCUGCAGCUGAAGGAUAUCAUUCCCACCCAAAUGCAGAGGCUUACUAAGUAUCCUCUCCUAUUGGAUAAUAUUGCCAAAUACACAGAAUGGCCAGCAGAAAGGGAGAAGGUGAAGAAAGCUGCAGAUCACUGUCGUCAGAUCUUAAAUUAUGUAAAUCAAGCAGUUAAGGAGGCAGAAAACAAGCAGCGCUUAGAAGAUUAUCAGCGUCGCCUGGAUACCUCCAAUCUCAAACUGUCAGAGUACCCAAAUGUUGAAGAGCUCAGGAAUUUGGAUUUAACAAAAAGGAAGAUGAUUCAUGAAGGGCCAUUGGUUUGGAAAGUGAAUAGAGACAAAACUAUUGACCUAUACACAUUGCUGCUGGAAGAUAUUCUUGUAUUAUUACAAAAGCAGGAUGAUAGGCUGGUGUUAAGGUGUCACAGUAAGAUUCUGGCAUCUACAGCCGAUAGCAAACACACAUUUAGCCCUGUUAUUAAGUUGAAUACAGUGUUGGUUCGACAAGUGGCAACAGAUAACAAAGCUUUAUUCGUCAUCUCCAUGUCUGACAAUGGGGCCCAAAUUUAUGAACUGGUGGCACAGACAGUUUCUGAAAAGACUGUCUGGCAGGACCUGAUCUGUCGGAUGGCGGCAUCAGUGAAGGAGCAAUCCACAAAGCCAAUUCCACUGCCAGAGUCCCCGCCUUGCGAAGGAGACAAUGAUGAAGAAGAACCUCCAAAAUUAAAAGAGGAACAUCAUGGCAUUUCAGUCCCUGGUCUGCAGAGUCCAGACAGAGAUUUGGGAUUAGAAUCUCCCUUAAUGUCAGCAAAACCUCAGUCUCAUUCACUGGGUACCUCUGGGAAAUCAGAGGUUGAUGAUCUCUUUGUGGCUGAGAGACAAUUUGCAAAGGAGCAGCAUGCAGAUGGGACUCUAAAGGAAGUUGGAGUAAAUUAUCAAAUCACAAUUCCAGAGCCACACUUGCCUGUCUCAGAAGAACGGUGGGCACUGGAUGCACUAAGGAAUUUGGGUUUGUUGAAGCAGUUGCUGGUACAACAGCUGGGUUUGACUGAGAAGAGCGCUCAGGAAGACUGGCCACAUUUCCCAAGAUAUAGGACAGCCUCUCUCGGGGGGCAGGCAGACAGUGGAACCCAGAACUCUGAAAGCAUUAAGGCUUGUCAUCCUGGUGAAGGACAGAUGCCCUUUAGAACUGGAACUGGUGACACGUCAACUUGUUACAGUCCACGGACUUCAACUGAAUCUUCUGCUCCACGGGAUUCAGUGGUACUGGCAUUCCAAGAGAGCCAGGCAAGUAACAUUUUAGUAAUGGACCACAUGAUUAUGACCCCAGAGAUGCCUCCUGCAGAGCCAGAAGGGGGUCUUGAUGAGAGUGGAGAGCACUUUUUUGAUGCCCGCGAAGCACAUAGUGAUGAUAAUCCAUCAGAAGGUGAUGGAGCAGUUAAAAAGGAAGAAAAGGAUGUUAAUUUGCGCAUCUCAGGAAACUGUCUGAUCCUUGAUGGCUACGAAGCAGUGCAGGAGAGCUCCACAGAUGAGGAGGUUGCCUCCUCACUCCCCCCGCCGCCCACGACAGGCGUCCCCUCCAUGGACUCCACCCACCAGCAGCAGCAUUCUCCCCCGCAUGCUCAUUCUGAUGGGGCAGUGUCCCUGUUCACCCCGGAAUUCCUGGUCCGGCAGCGAUGGGGAGCCAUGGAGGAUUCCUGUUUUGAGGUCCAGAGUCCCUCCUCUUGUGCAGACUCACAAGGCCAGAUCAUGGAGUACAUUCGUAAGAUAGAGGCUGACCUUGAACACUUAAAGAAGGUGGAGGAAAGUUACACCCUUCUUUGCCAAAGGCUGGCUGGAUCAGCCCUCACAGACAAGCACUCAGAUAAAAGUUAGAGCUGUGUGUCCUGGAGGUGACUGAAAGUUGUUGGAUUUGAGCAUCGGCCUUGUAUCACCACGUCCUGGCUCCAGUGUGGACACAGAGAGUGUGGCCCUGAGGUUGCCAUGCCCAGGGUGCCCAAGCAGGACUGGUUCUUCACAGUCUGGCAGCUGCUCUCGCCUGUCAGUGAGGGGACGUUCGUUCUCGUUCUCUCACUCUGCUCUCCUCACUCUCGGAAAUUCAUUUUGAUUCAGAACAAAAACCAAAUGUAUAGAGCUUUGGGUGUAGAAUAUGAAAUUUUACUUAGACUUAAGAAAAAGAGAAAAUCAGAUGUAUUUAUUUGACUUCAUUCCGUAUUUGAAAGCACAUUUUAAUUUUUAUUUUGCCAUGUUUUGUUUUAGUUGAGUAGUGAGAGUUUUCGCCCUUUGUAUUUAGUACACCCAAGGAUCGAUUGCUCCUGAAGCAGAGAGUUCAGGAUAGGGUAUUGGAGGUGGGGUAGAGAGGUGACGAGGAGGAGGGGGUAAGCGGGGAAGGAGGAAUGUCUGGCCUUCGCUGUACUGUAUCCCAUGCCCUCUGCUGUCCAGUAGGCUGCUUCUCCGAGGGUCACCUCAAAAGUGUAGUCUGCUUGGCUCCUAAGUGCAGAGGCCUUGAGCUCUGUGCUCCCAGGCAGCGCUUCCUCCCACCCGAGGCAAGCACCUUUUCUCUGUAGCUGGGACCCACUCCCAAUUACAGGACUCCUCAAUGUACUCAAUAGCAGUCACUUGAAAAUGGGUAUGUUUUCUUCCAUUGUCUCCUUUUCUGGUGAGGGUUGGGAUUUGGGAGGGAGAGGAAAGCAAAUUUUAUUUUCUUGACUAUAAAUUGGUUAUUCUUGGUAUUGUCUCAUUUUUAUAAUUAUACCUUAGACUUUGGCACUUGUGUAAAUUUUCCCUGCUCAUUGAGCAGGAAGUAAAAACAAACAAACAUGCUUCAGAUGGUGGUGGUGGUGGCCGAGGAAGGGUGGGAUGGGAGCGGGCAAGAGUUUGGGAAGGUAGGUAACUGAAUCACUACUGAGUUGAACAAUGGCUUUCAUUAGCCACGGGUACUGCUGAUUAUAAGGCCAGUAAAAUUUUAGUACCUGAAGGUUUGACUCUUAAUUUUUGCACUGAUGGUGCCAAAGGGCUCUUUGACUUAAACAGAGAGCCAAGAACGGAGUGGAGAAAGAUGUGGUGGAGAGGCAAGCUGCUCAAACCAGCUCUGGAAGCACUUCCUCUGACUUCACUGCUGGAACUUUUUCCACACUGGUGCAUGACUGACCUUAAAAAUUGCAGACCAGAACAUACACUGGAUACUGCAGGCAAGGCGUUGGCAACUGCCUGCUCUAGAAUGAAUAGUAGUGGCAGCACCCUCCAGAGGAGAAAUGUUUCAGAACUGUAACUUGAGAACUCCUUCAGUUCUAUUGGCUUUUCUGUGGUUUUCUUCGUGCAUCAGGUAUAUGUUUUCAAAUAUUUUUGCCAAUUAAAAUGAAAUCAUUUGUCAAAUAUUAAAAUUCUGUUAAUAUGCAAGGAGUUCAUCCACUGCUCAUACCUUUCAGUAGUGUCCUCUGAACUCUGGGUAGUUAGGAUAUAAUUUUACUCUUCCCUACCAUUCCCCCCUCCACCCAAAUAUAUAUAUAUAUACACACACACAUACAUACAUUUCCCCCCUCAUCACAGGGUUCUCAACUACUUUUAUAAGCACCACUACAACUUAACAAGCUCAACAAGUUCGUCUAUGUCCAGAUUCCUCUUUCUGUUUUUCCAAAACUGAUCUAUGUUUUUAAAUAGACCAACUUGGAUCGUUGGACCUCAUCUAUAAAUUAGAAUUUUAUUUUGAGUUGUAGCCCAAGGAUAAAUUAAAUCAAAAUGGGAUUAAAAUUUUAGAAGCAGAAGCUAAUAUAUAAAUUAAGCUUGGAACUUGAACUUUCUGUAUCUCUUAUGAGAAGCAAGUAGAAACCAAAUGGUUACAUUGUGCUGCUGGAUAUAAUGUAGUCACUUCCAAGGAAAAGGGUUACACCUGUAGUUCCUAGACACUAAUACCAUCAGUGGGUAAUUAAUCAGGAGAAAGGUAAAUACGAAUAGAACUUUCAUCCUAGCCUCAGACAGUACAAGGUAGUUGCAUAAUUCUCUUAACACUCAUUCAUUUAAGAAGCUUUGUAGGUUCGCAGGGUUUGGGUUUCUCUUCUAGCUCAGCCAGGCUCUUGUCCUUAGCAACUCUUUGCUUUGCUUUUCUUGAAGUUUAACCCUUCCUUGGAACAAAAACAGGGAUAACUGGAAACAUAUUUUGACCAUAGCUCUAGUACUUCCAAAUAAAUCUGUAUCUAGAUUUUCAAGUGAAGUCUUACUUCUGAGACAAUUCCACGAUUUUGAGGGUUCGUUUUAUCUUACCAGCCUAACUUCUUCCCUCCUCCUUCCCAGCCUAGCCUCCCACACUCUCCGUUUUGUUAGGCCAUUAUCAUCACACCUGUUUUACUUUGAUACUGUAUCUGCCAUUCAGGAUGAUGGAAUUAGAUGUUCACCCUGUCUUUGAGUAAGACUGAUUGCCAUCAAAGCAAUUUUCUCAAAGUUCCUUGACCAGAAGUUGGAAUAUACUUCCAUAUAAAAAGAUCCAAGGGCAGUGGGCAGAGCAGCCUUGGCAGAGCAGGAAGAGCAGGAGCGCUGGGUUUUGGUGACCUGCUGUGACCCCAUGCUCUCUCCUGUGGGACUAAUGGCUCCUUUGCCAUCAAGUGGCAAAUUACAUUUGGAGCGUCUCCGUCCUUUUCAGACAACAGAGUUAAUCAAGGCAAAUCAACAAACCCCCAAAGUGCUGUAAUUUAAAAUCAUGAUGACUGCCCUCGAAGCCAUAUAUUUUACAUACUUUAAAAUCAGCUAACUUGGGAGUUCCUGCUGGGGCACGGUGGGUUAAUGAUCCAGCUUGUCUCUGUAGAGGUUUGAUCCCCGGCCAGGCAAAGUGGGUUAAGGAUCCAGCAUUGCUGCAACAGUGGUGCAAGUCACAGCUCUGGCUCAGAUUUGAUCCCUGGACCGGGAAUUUCCAUGUGCCACAGGGGCAGUUGAACAAGGGAAAAAAAAUGAGCUAACUUGGACUACUUGAGUUAUCUUGGCUUUAUCUAGGGCCUAAACUUUUACUAUAUUAUGCUGCGCAGGUGGCAUAUUUUAUAAGCUUCUUGGCUUUCUUUUAUCUAAAGCAACUAUUAAGAUGAGUCCCUCUAAAAAAGUUUUUUUGUUAAUUUGUUUUUGAAGGAGUGUGGGGAGCUAAUGUGAUCGUAGAGAAGAGAAGUCCUUUUUUUUUUUUGUCUUAUUUUGAAGCUUAAGAAAACAUGCUUCCUGUGAGGUGUCUUUUACUCAUGCGCUUUUUUUUUUUUUUUCUUUUUACUCUUGGUAAAUUUGGUGUAUUACAUGGAGCUUCUAUAUUUCAAACUAGAAGCUGUCUUCUUUGAAGUUGGUAUAUGAUGUUAUUUUGAGCUACUAGAGCUUUGGUCAGUAUUUCCUCCCUGUAUGUCACAGAGGGCACUAUCCAGAGAACUAUGUACAGAGGACCUCAAAAUAAAAAAUUAUCAGGACUGUUUAGACAUCUUUCUGCUGGCUAGGUUUUUCUUCCCUGUUAUUACAAUUUUUGUUUUAUAAAUUAUGCCUUUUUUUUUUUCCUGACUUUCCCACCCCUUUUCAAAGUGAUCUGCAAAAUUGUCCUUUCCUCAAGAAAAGAAUUCCUUUUGCCUCAUUCUUCCCCACUGGUAUUGAUGGUUUUGAAAAUAAAUUGGUAGAAAAAAAAAUGUACCUCCUAGAAGGAAGCCACCCUGUCCGCCAUGUCCAGGUACCAAUGGCUAAGCAGACGUACUGCAAACAUGUUAACUGUAACAUGCACACUGUGGGUUCUUCUUAAUCAGCCUCUUCCUACUAGAACAUUUUGCUUUCCUUGUUCACCAUACAAUCAUGUACUCUUUAACAGAAAUUACUUUUAAAGAAAAUCUGGAACUAUCUUAAGAAAAACUUUAUUAAUAAUCAUGUAUUUUUACUGAUCACAUUUUGAAAUGCCUAAAAGACUUUAUUGUUCUAAUUAUCCAGAUGUACCUUUGUAAAAUAGCUCUUUUAUGAAUUAGCUGAUAAGGCUGUAUCUUUCUGGAACAAAAUAUCAGACAUCUAAAAACUUUCUGUUUUCUGGGGCCUGGGAAGAUAGAAAAUGAGAAUUCAAAUAUUAAAUAUGCUUAAAGGAA